AUGGAGUCAUCGUCCGAAGGUGUGAUUGGAGCUUUCGAUUCACUUAUGCCAUUGCAGACUGUGCUUCGUCCCUCGCAUUCGGGGGCUGAUCAUCCUGUUCGCUUGUCAGACGCUGCUCGCAGACCACGGGGCAAUUGGAUUACGCCGAACCCUCUGUCUCAGCCGGCGGUUAGACCUCGACGUUCAGCACCCUACAUUAGGGAGGCCCCUGCUCCCAUUCCUGCCCCUCGCAGAGCUGCAGAUUAUUUGAGGCAUGCACCAGUUAGGCAUCAGGCUCCGAUUGGGCCUGUCGUGGACUCAGCUGGGACGGCACCUGCAGGUUCGACUCGCAGGCCUUUCAACGCACCCUUCAAUUUGGUUGGUGGGGUUCGCACUCGGGGUCCUGAGGGCUUCAAAUCAUCUGCUAUGUUGCACGCUGAAGUCUGGCAGAGGUGCUUGAAGUUGUGGGCCCUGGUUCAACCAUGGUUACAGACGAUUUCUUCAGUGUUGCAGGAGCUCGGGGAGUCUCGUCACGCUUCAACCCUGUUGCAGAAUCUGCUGAAGUCGGUUUCGGAAAACACUUUGGUUCGAUAUUUGGCUCAUCUGCUGAAGUUCGUGGGAACAUUACAGGAUUUGAAUGUGCGCUGGGAGUCCAUUCGACAGCUUGAAGUGGUCGAUGCUCUUUUGUCUAUGCACAAGUCAGGCUCACAUGUCACCAAUGGUUUGAAGGCGGUUCGCUGGGCUGCCAAGACGUUUGGGCUCGCCCUGCCUGAUCUCUAUGGAGGUCUCUUGGUUGGAGUGGAGGCUCGCAUUACUUCCGACAGAAAGGAGGCUCUCCCGCUUCCGCUGUAUGUCUUGGCUUACUGUGAGCGUGCUCUUCUACUGGAGUCGGGUUCCGUGGGGUUCAGAUUAUUUUUGGGUGCAAUUCUCAUUUCGGCAUCGGCCAGCCUUCGCUUCUCCGAUGCGCAACACAUUUUAUGGACAUCGAUUCAAGCUGCUCAAGAUAAUGUGAGGGCCAUCUCAUAUCGAACAAAGUCAUCCCGGCGGGGGAUGCCAUUUGGCUUUGUUUCUUGUGGCUACUACGGCGACUCAGGGUCCUACUAUCACAGUUGGGUGUGCAAAUACCUUUUUCUGUUGGGUUCCGAAUGGGAUUCAAUUGUUUCGCGCUUUGGGGAGACAGUGCCGGACGCUUUAUUCUUCAUCUCCAGCUCAACAGAAUGGCAACCCAUGAGCUACGCGCAAGCUUUGUCGGCAUUCAGGGGGAUUUUGGUGUUGGCUGGCAUGAGUCCCACGGAGGCCUCCUCAUACACUCUACAUUCCCUGAAGACUUGUCUAUUGGCUGCGUUGGCACAACUGCAGGUAUCUUUUCGCAAAAGAGGUCUGCAAGGCCAUCACAGAACCGGACAGAAUGGCUGCGUUCUUCUUUAUAGCAGGGAUGAUGUACAUGGAGCACUUUCCCUUCAACAGCUCUUUUGGGAUCGGGUCCGGAGCAAUUGGAUGCCGCUGAACCCGCAGGCUCGAGGCGGUCAACAACCAGCUGCGCAACAAGCCAUUGAACCUAAGGUCUUGUCCUACUCGUCAUCUCCUGCUCAUCAUCGCUUUCCGGUGGAGGCUGGCUCUUUGGUGUCCUCAGUGCGUACCCCGACUCAGGAGCAAGCGCAGGCACAUGAUCAGCCCGAGAAACAGCAGGAAUCAUCAGAUUCGGACAUUGAUUCUUCAUCAUCUUCUUCUUCGUCGGCUUCGUGCAAGAAGAAAGGGGCGGUAGUGGCUGCAGUCAGUAGGUUCUCAGAAUCUGAUGAACAGAUUUGGGUUCAGACAUCGUCUGGCAUCAUUCAUGCUGCUACUCCCUGCUCCGGGUGUGAUGGGGUGUUGGUGAAGCGCGAGGAUGGUGAGCUUGUUCGGGUCAAGCCGAGAUGUGGCACGUUGGCACACAACAUGAAGAUCAGACCUGAGCUUCCGUCGAAUCCCAGAUUUUGCCGACAUAAAGCAUGUCAGGCGAUUUUUGUGUCAUAG